UACGUGUGCCCGCACAAGGGCUGCGACAAGACGUUCAGCACCUCGGGCCACGCGCGGCGGCAUUCGCACACGCACAAGCCGCAGCAGCCCUUUGUCUGUCCGCACGACGGCUGCGACGCCACGUUCUCGCGCCGCGACAACUGCACGCAGCACCAACGC